AUGAGCAGUUGCUGGAGUGCCGUGACUAUCACAGCAGCUCAGGCAAGAAGUGUCGGGCCCCAGCUCGGAAACACGCAGGCUCCUCUCUUCCAAGGAUGGUAUGCCGACCCAGAGAUCCGCGUAUACGACGGCGUCUACUGGAUCUUUCCGACGACCUCGAUCCCCUCGGGCCACCAGACCUACUUUGACGCCUUCUCCUCCUCUGACCUUGUCCACUGGACAAUACACCCGUCCAUCCUCACGCCGCACGAGAUCAGCUGGGCUACGGACAACCUCUGGGCGCCGGCGUCUGUUAGUAGGAACGGGAAAUACUACCUGUACUUUAGCGCGAACGGCCUGCGGACGACCAGGGAGACGGCGGGUAUUGGUGUUGCGGUGGCCGAUGCACCGGGCGGUCCCUACCGAGAUGCCCUGGGUGGUCGCCUCAUCGAUUCGGUCAUCAACAACGCCAAUCCGAUGGACCCUGACGUGUUUGUCGACCACGAUGACCGGGUCUAUCUGUACUGGGGCGGCACGGCAGUCAACGUCGCUCUGCUGGACGACGACAUGUACAUCAGGGACGUCACACCCAGUCCCACGUUCGUCGAGGGCACCAAGGUUUUCCGCCGCGGCUCCGUCUACUACAUGAUGUGGUCUGAGAAUGGCUACGGCGACCCCACGUACCAGGUGGCGUACGGCAUGUCGGCGUCGCCGCUGGGGCCGUUUGGCCGGGUGGGCGUGGUGCUGCAGCAGGAGCCGGGGGUGGCGGUGGCUACGGGCCACAACGGCGUGGUGAACGUUCCCGGGUCGGAUAUUUGGUACAUUGUGUAUCACAGACGAGCGCCGGGGGAGACGGAUGCGAAUAAACGGGUCGUGGCUCUGGAGAGGAUGUAUUUUGAUGACGGGGACGGGACGAUUCGAUCUGUGCAGGUCACGGUCUGA